AUACUGCAUCCAACAAUGAUGCGCCUCCUGCUAUCACUCUGCGCUGCCUCGCUCCUACAAAAGAGAGAAAAACAAACGGGAUCUCCUUAGCUAUUCGUCCACAUCACAUACGUUGCGGUGAGAGUUUUCUUCUCACAACUUCAGUUUCAGUUGGGGAGUGGGGGAGCCAGAUAGAGAGCCCCGGGAGAAAAAAAAACAGUGCUGGCAAACAGGUGUUUCCAUCCUCUAUCUGUGCACUGAGCCUCAUUCACGACUGUGAGCCUGCAUGAGCACCAUGUGCGCGGACAUGUAGUUUGGAGGGAUGCUGCAGAAGUGCUUACAAAGACUGGCUUUUUUGUAUUUGUUGUGAUGUCGACAAAAUGAUACAGUUGGAGGAACAUGCAACGUGCCUUUGCCAAAGUCUUUCUACAUCUCCAUGGUGGAACGUGUGGUUUUUAUUUCUGUUUAAGUUUCACUGUUUUCACGGGGAUACAUCGGACAGUUCAUAAAUAACGCCCAAAUUCAAAAGAUGAUUCACGUGGACAUGAUCUGACUGCUUUUACCGCUCUACUGGGACUAUUUUAUUGUCUACUCCUCGUUGUCUACCUGGAAAAUAUCCUGUUACCUAACGAAUUGUUGUAGUUGCCUUAUUGUUACCUCUACGCCUGGACCGUCUCCUUUGGAAUCCAUUUUUCUGGAUUCAAGGGGUGUUAUCAUUUCUACGUAUAUUCUGGAAGUUCUUUCCAGAGCGCUGUCAAACUGGCCAUGGCUGCAGCGAUAGCCAGCUCCCUCAUACGGCAGAAAAGGCAGGCGAGGGAGCGGGAGAAGUCUAAUGCCUGCCGCUGCGUCAGCAGCCCCAGUAAGACCAAAGGAACCUGUGAAAAACCGAGCCGGCUAAAUGUUUUCUCCAGAGUCAAACUAUUUGGCUCCAAGAAGAGGAGAAGGAGACGACCAGAGCCCCAGUUGAAGGGGAUUGUGACGAAGCUCUACAGUCGACAAGGUUUCCACCUGCAGCUGCAGGCAGAUGGAACCAUUGACGGAACGAAGGAGGAGGACAAUGGUUACACCGUGUUCAACCUUAUUCCAGUGGGGCUGCGAGUGGUGGCCAUCCAGGGGGUGCAGACCAAACUCUAUCUGGCUAUGAACAGUGAGGGCUUCCUGUACACAUCAGAACACUUUACACCAGAGUGCAAAUUCAAGGAGUCGGUGUUUGAGAACUACUACGUGACAUACUCCUCCAUGAUAUACCGGCAGCAGCAGUCGGGCAGGGGCUGGUACCUCGGUCUGAACAAGGAAGGUGAAAUCAUGAAGGGAAAUCAUGUGAAGAAGAACAAGCCAGCAGCCCACUUCCUUCCCAAACCUCUUAAGGUGGCAAUGUACAGAGAGCCAUCCCUCCAUGACUUGACAGAGUUCUCCCGCUCCGGCAGCGGAACACCCACCAAGAGUCGGAGUGCCUCGGCUGUGCUCAAUGGCGGCAAAACCGUGAGCCAGAAUGAGUCCACGUAGCCCGCUAGUCCGACCCAGGCCUGGGGCCGAACCACGAAAACCUUACCUCCAGCAGAGCGUGAAUCCAAGCAGACUUCUCUCACUGAUCAGCGGUUCAGGACUAGCUACGACAACUAAGCAUAUGCAUACACCCUGAAACCAUCAAUAACAAACAUCUAGGUACCAUCCAUACAUUAACCAUCACCCAGACAUCAAUAGUAAUAUAUUUAAUAGCACAUAAACCAUUAUGGACAUUAAACAAUUAGCAAACAUUUCUUUAGGGCUUGGGAUUAUCUAUUAUCUUAAUCACUCUCUUUAAGUGAUGAUUGCAUACCAGUUAGCUCAUCUUUAUCUUCUUUUCUUUUCUUAAUUUCCUAUGGACAAUAUCAUUUCUUAGGUCAUGUAGACACCAAACAUCCGUCCAUCUGUCAAGACAGGGACAGGAAGUUAGACAUGUAGACAUUCAGGGCAGCCAGUAAUGGUGCUGGUCUACGAGGCUACAGUGGUACAGUAUAAGCCCUGAUCUCUGUGUCAUCCAUGCUUCUGUGAAUACAAAGCCUAUAAACUCCCUGGCACGGCACAGCCCAGUGCUGCUAGGACUGUGGCCAGCCAGACGGUAGCUCUCCUGCGUCCUAGUGCACACGUUCAGAGACUGAGCUCUCUAGCAUGGGAAAAUGAAGCCUAUGUUCAGCUGACCUGAAAUAUGAAAGGGGCAUCGUGGCUUUCUUGCAGUUUUUUCUUUCCUUUCAGAAAUGCCACAGCUGCACCUUGGUUUUUUGCUAAUUUUCUGAAUUAGCCAAGAGCGGUUUAUUUGAUAACUGGUUUGUUUUUGUUUUUUUGUCCCAUCUUGUUCUCCUCCCCUGACCAUUGUUCAGUAUUUGUAUUUUUGUUGCUGUUUUAUCAUUGAAAGAGGUUCCAGCAAACCAAAGAAAGAACGUAAGAGUGUCCCUUUAAGCCGCUGAAAACCAAGCCAGUGUAAAAGGCAAAGCUGGAAUUUUUCUUUUCAUUGUACAUUUGUGAUGAAAGAAAGCAAAGAUUUUGUGAAGGGAAAAAAGAACAAUGGACAAAGGAGAUGAUUUUCAACACUUUGAAGUUGGCAGCGUGCUUGAUGUUGUGCUUUUUGCUGAUAUGCUCAAUGGCCAAGGUACGAAACGACUAUUAAAUGUCCCCAUUCCCUUCUGUUACCACUGUGUCACACGUCUUUUGUCCUCGUGAUCUGUUUCCUCCUUCUGUGCUUGUGUCAUACUUCAACCCUUUCCCCCUGCCAUCCUUUUUUGUCGACUUCUAUUGACUGAUACAUUUCACCAUAGGAAUAUGGUGCAAGCCCUUCCCAGGAUGCUUGUUAUGUGUUUGAGUAAUUUAUUGUGGUGACAAUAUUUUCUAUAUUAAAAAAAAGAAUACUGUGGACUUUUAGGUGGCUUAACAUUUUAUAGGACGUCAUAUUUGUAAAAGUGAAAAAAAGGAGAAAAAAAAUACAAAAAUGAACAUAUUCCCUUUCUUGCACAGGGCAUGUACAAACACAAUUAUGUACAAAAAGGACCCCAUUUUUUGUGGGCUAGGUACUCUUCCCUUCAGCUACAUAACUUCUUUCUAGUACAUGCUUCUGGGAGGCUUUCUUUUUCUUGGUUUCCUCUGGAGGUUGUAUUAGAUGAACCUAUCUGUUGCAUGGGAGAAAGCAGGGAAACUCUGGUCUAGAGCUGCAUGAUGUAGGCUUUGUGUAUUAACCCCAUGUUGGAUCAUGUGUUCCAAUCUACCAGGCUUAAUCUGAUAAAACAACAUUAACAGGCACACAUUGUGGCUGCCUGAUAACUUCCAGUUGUUUAUUAUUUGUUGUAUACACAAAAAUGCACUGAAUAAAAUGUUUAUAUUAAGAUUUACUUU